GCGACUGGGGCCUCGGGCACGUCGCGGAGCUGCGGCCGGAGGACCCCGCGGCCUUCGGCCGCAGCCUCGAGCGCAGCCGCGAGUUCGCGCGCCACUUCCCGGCCGCCCGGCAAGCCGGCCGUGGUUCGGGGCGGCGCGCUGGGCUGGCCGGCGCUGGAGCGGUGGCGGAUGGCGCCGCUGGUGCGGCGACUGGGGUCCAUGAGCUUCAUGGUGGACAGGGACUACGACGACGACGUGGUCGUGAUUGCUCGUUUCGACGACUUCGCGGCCUACUGCCAAGAGGAAGCUUCGUGGCACCGCAACCCGCUCUACAUCUUCGACGACGUAUUCGGAGACUACGACAGCAGCUCGCCGGCAGACGGGAUGCUCGACGAGUACGAAGCGCCGCUCAUUUGCAGGGACCUGCUGAAGCUGAUCGAGGAGGAGGACUUGCGCCCCCCACACCGCUGGCUGCUGGUGGGCCCCAGGCGCUCUGGAAGUUUCCCCCACAGGGACCCGCUCGCUACAUC